CUGCGGAUGCCACGGAACAUCGAGCCAAAUCCCAGGAACACGCUCUGAACCCCAGGAGUUGCACACCACUCUAUUAGGUAGUUUAUUGGCGCAUCAAAUCUGGAGUCUACCUCCCUCGGUUCACAAAUCAGUUCAGAGAGAGGAUCAAACGUGCCCAAGAUUAAAGAGUAAUGACGUCACCUGCUCCUCUUCCCUGAACGGCAUGAUGCCAGGGAUGUGACUGGUGACCUGAAAGGGAGGGAAAUCAAGGCAGGAACGGCUGGGGGUGAUGGAGACCUCAAGGCUGUUGUGAGCUCCCCAAGAACAGACUCUCUGGAGGCAGGCUUUAUCGAGCAGGUCGUUCAACUGGGGAGCACAAAGGCUACUUAAAUUUUUGGGGAGUGAGUAGGGGCACUCAGGGUAAACGGAUGUCAUUGUCCAAGGCCAAGGUGUAGGGAAUGCUUUACUGCAUGAAAAGGAAUUUGAGGUGCUUGCUGUCUGGACGUGACUUUGUCCAGAGAGGAAAUUUAACCUAUAACCCGGCCACCGGUUAUGACUACCUCAAGGAUGGCAGAGGUGGGGCCAAAAGGCUAUGAACGUGCUCUGGAACAUGCAGGCCCAGGACAGAGAAGGAGGCGUCCUGCUCCUGCUGGCCUUAAGAUGGGAAUUUUAGGGUCUGGACAUCACUGGUGCUCCAGGUCAGCUCUCCUGGUUGCGGAUCUCUCCUGGUCAAGGCUCCCAGCUCGCCUGGAUCCCACAACUGCACAGUGUCCCGCCCCCGAGUGAAGGAUGCCACUCUGGGUGUUCUUUGUGCUCCUUACCCUCACCAGCGGCUCCCACUGCUCACUGCCCCCCUCACCUCCCUUCAGGGUGCGGCGGCAUGCGGAUGCCAUCUUCACUAGCAGCUACCGGAGAGUCCUGGGCCAAUUAUAUGCCCGCAAACUGCUGCACGAAAUCAUGAACAGGCAGCAAGGGGAGAGGAACCAGGAACAAAGAUCCAGGUUCAACCGCCAUUUGGACAGAGUGUGGGCAGAGGACAAGCAGAUGGCCCUGGAGAGCAUCUUGCAGGGAUUCCCAAGGAUGAAGCUUUCAGCGGAGGCUUGAGCCCUCGGCCCCCAAACAUAGCUGGACCCUGUUACUUCUACUUCAGUUCUGAUCUUCUCCUUCCUCUGUGAAUACAAUAAAGCCCCCGUUCUCAUCUGCA